UUUUGAUGAAGGGUUUUCAAACAAAGCUGAUUUGGGUCUCCAAAGGUGACGAUUUUACCUUUUGCCUCAAUCUCCACCGGCGGCCAUCUCCGUCGUAUAACGAGUUCUGUGGCUCAUUGAAUCUGACGACCUAAAAACCAACAUUUUAGCUCAUUUUUCCUCUUGCCUCCAUUUCGCCGUUGAAGAGGAGCAUUCGGGCUAGGAUUUAACUUGUGCUGCUACGCUGCGAGUACGCGUUGAUUUAAUUGUCCACACACAAAGCUGAAAGCUUGAGUGACUGGCAAUGGGAGUUCCGGCUUUCUAUCGGUGGUUGGCCGAGAAGUAUCCAUUAGUUGUGGUGGAUGUAAUUGAGGAAGAAUCAGUGGUUAUCAAUGGAGUUAAGAUUCCAGUGGAUACAAGUAGGCCUAACCUUAACAACGUCGAAUAUGAUAAUUUGUAUCUUGACAUGAAUGGGAUCGUUCACCCUUGCUUCCACCCUGAAGACAGACCUUCCCCAACUUCUUUCGAUGAGGUAUUCCAGUGCAUGUUUGACUACAUCGAUAGACUGUUUGUUAUGGUGAGACCUAGAAAAUUGUUAUACAUGGCAAUUGAUGGUGUUGCUCCUCGGGCUAAAAUGAAUCAGCAACGAUCUAGGCGUUUUAGAGCAGCUAAAGAUGCAGCAGAUGUGGCAGCUGAAGAAGAGAGGCUAAGACAAGAGUUUGAGAGUGAGGGUAGAAAGCUACCGCCUAAGGAGGAAUCACAAACUUUUGAUUCCAAUGUUAUCACUCCUGGAACUGAGUUUAUGGCUGUUCUUUCAAUUGCUCUGCAAUACUAUAUUCAUCUCAGGCUCAAUUAUGAUCCUGGCUGGAAAAAAAUUAAGGUGCACUAAUUUCAUG